ACCCGCCUCGGUGGCCACCGGGCUGGUGGUGUGGGGUGGUGUGGGGUGGGGUGGGGACCGCGCAGCAGCAGCAGAGCACAGGCCGCGGGGCCCGGAGCCGUCGACUGGUGGAGCGCGGAGGGCGCGUUCGCCUGACUGGCGCCCGCAGUAGGCCCGAGCUCUCCCUGACGCCCACGUUCCACUCCGCCAUGGCGAGCCGCUUCCCCAGGACGUCCGCACUGCCGCUGCUGUUGCUGGCGGCGGCGGCGGCGGCAGUGGGGCGUGCGCACGCGGGCGGCUCGCACUUCAAAGAAGGCGAGGUGGUGACGCUGUACGUGAACAAGGUGGGGCCCUACCACAACCCGCAUGAGACGUACCACUACUACACACUGCCCGUGUGCCGGCCCAAACACAUCGAGCACAAGAGCCUGACGCUGGGCGAGGUCCUGGAUGGCGACCGCAUGGCACGCUCCAUCUACGACCUGCACUUCCGCCGCGACGUGGUGCAGCCACGCAAGCUGUGCGACGUCACGCUGGCGCAGGCCGAGCUGCACCAGCUGCACGAGGCCAUCGAGGAGCUGUACUACUUCGAGUUCGUGCUCGAGGACGUGCCCCUGCGCGGCUUCGUCGGAUACGUGGAGGAGAGCGGAUUCCUGCCACACUCUCACAAGGUGGGGCUGUGGACACACCUACACUUUACUGUGGAGUACAACGGUGACCAGGUGAUCUUCGCCAACGUGAGCACGCGUGAUGCCAAGCCGUACAGCCUGGAUGAGCUGGAGCCCGGCGCCGUGGUGACGCACACCUACACUGUCAAGUGGCAGCCCACGAGCGUGACGUACGAGCGGCGCGGCGAGCGCCUGCGCGACCGCAGCUUCUUCCCCAAGACGCUAGAGAUCCACUGGCUCUCCAUCAUCAACUCCAUGGUGCUCGUGUUCCUGCUUAUCGGCUUCGUGCUCAUCAUCCUGAUGCGCGUGCUCAAGAACGACUUUGCCCGCUACAACGUGGGCGACGAGGCGGCCGAGGACUUCGACCAGGGCGACAACGGCUGGAAGAUCAUCCACGCAGAUGUCUUUCGCUUCCCCCAGCACCGCAGCCUCCUGUGCGCUGUGCUGGGCGUGGGCUCGCAGUUCCUCACCCUCACCACAGGCAUCCUGGUGAUGGCGCUGAUGGGGAUGUUUAAUGUUCACCGGCACGGCGCCAUCAACUCGGCCGCCAUCCUGCUCUACGCCUUCACGUGCUGCAUCGCCGGCUACGUCUCCAGUGGCUUCUACCGCCGCCUGCAGGGCACCAACUGGGUGUGGAACAUCGUGCUCACCACCUCGCUCUUCUCCGCCCCAUUUUUCGUGACGUGGAGCAUUGUGAACUCGGUGCAUUGGGCCAACGGCUCGACCCAGGCGCUCCCCGCCACCACCAUCCUGCUGCUCGUGGCCGUGUGGCUGCUCGUCGGUUUCCCGCUCACAGUCAUCGGUGGCAUCGUCGGCAAGAACCGCGCGGGCGCAUUCAAUGCGCCGUGCCGCACCAAAAACAUCGCCCGCGAGAUUCCGGCCCAGCCCUGGUACAAGUCGGCCGUCGUGCACAUGACGGUUGGGGGAUUCCUGCCGUUUAGCGCCAUCUCGGUGGAGCUCUACUACAUCUUCGCGACGGUGUGGGGACGCGAGCAGUACACGCUCUUUGGCGUGCUCUUCAUCGUCGCUGCCAUCCUGCUGAGCGUGAGCGCCUGCAUCUCGGUGGCGCUCACCUACUUCCAGCUGUCGGGCGAGGACCACCGCUGGUGGUGGCGCUCUGUGUUCAGCGCCGGCUCCACCGGCUUCUUCAUGUUCCUCUACUCGGGCUUCUACUACUUCCGCCGCUCCAACAUGUCGGGCGCCGUGCAGACUGUCGAGUUCUUCGGCUACACGCUGCUCACGUGCUACGUCUUCUUCCUCAUGCUCGGCUCCGUGUCCUUCUUCACGUCGCUCGCCUUCAUCCGCUACAUCUAUGUCAACCUCAAAAUGGACUAGUGCUACUCACUCGCUUGCCUGAUUGCCUGUCCACCCGCUCGCUCUCUCAAUCAUCCUCUCGCCGGUUCGGCCACCGUUUAAAAUUUCCUCCCAAGCCAUUUGGAAGCUGCAGUCUCUGUCAGCUGGAAGAAAAUUGUAAUGAACGUUCCGAUGAAAGAUGUUCAGGCCUCAUGGCACAAUGGAAAAAAAAAACUGCAAACACUUUGUAGGUACCAUACACAGCAGCGUGUUCCAGACUUCUAAUUGUGGAAUCAUCUUGGUAGAAUGGUCGAUUCGGUCCAUCUCUCUGGGAUCAGUAAAAUGAGUGUCUUUGAGGGAAGUUGAAAAUGUUCGUCAUAUGGAGUAGCUGGCCUCAGCUAUAGUUAUGUGGAAUUUCUUCUCCAGGCUCAAUGCCAUGAAUGAGAUGACUAAGUGUUGCCACAUGCUUGUCUGAGCACGGAGUGACUUUACUUUUUGGUUUACAUUUUGGGGUUUUCAACCAAGGUCCAUGCAGAGACAUUGUUAUUUUCUAUUGAAUCCUUAAAAGGCUAUGGAGGGUCUGAUAUAUAUAUCAAGGGGUGUGCAGAAGUGCAUGAGUGCCCUUUCUGAAUCUGCACACCAGCAGUUCCCUUUCCCCCAGGUGGUCAGUGCUAAUAUCAGAGAGACGUGACACCACUUUUUUUUGCAAUGGGCUUUGUGUGAGAGUUCGAUAGCUGCUGUAAAGGGACGUCCUUACCGUUAUCGUUAAGAAUCACCGGUCUAGACGACAGUUGUAAAACGAUGAAUGUGUGGCCGCUUGAAGUAUCGCAGAAGAAACGUAUUCCGUUUUACUGAUGAUUUUUAAUAAGGGCAAAACCGUCCCACAACUGCUGGUGGCUUUACUCCUAUUCCAUUUUCUGAGGCCACUCGGCUGAAUCGUGCUGCUUUUCACAGAAAUGCUCGACUGUAUAUCGUAGCCCAUCAUCUCUCAAAGCAUGGAUAUGACAGGUACCACUUUGUGGGAAAGUAGCGAUGAUCAUCAUCCAAUUGAGAGACUGACUCCUACGAAAAUAAUGUGGAACUUCCACCACUGGCUGAGGGCUGCUUACGGAGAUGACCCCCGACCUCUGCUCAUUAGAGCAGGUGGCCACUUUUAAUUUGUACAUGCCACUUGCUCUGGUGGGCUUGCAAGGUACUGUAGGAGUUUUCUUACGAUGGUGGGGCCAAAAUACCUUUCAGCUUUGCAUAAAUUGAGCUCGUCAGUUCUCCGUUUAUACACUCUCAGUUAUACCGAGUGAUCGUUAGAAUUCUCAAGUGUUUCAUUGACUUAACAUUCUUCGCCCUUCAUUUGUGCCAAUAGAGCAUUCCCAAAUGUGUAAUACGUACAUCGGCAAACAUUACCUAAAAAAACCACUCAGUUUCAAGAUUAUAAUUUAUUUCUAAUUUUACAUCUGUUACAUUGAGAAUUAGCUCCUUCUACAUCAAGGCACAAUGGAAUUCUUUACAACAGUAUUCUAGUUUCGCUUGAAACGGCGGAGACACGUCUCGUAGAGUAAAACAACUCCGAAGCCCCGCUGCCGACCUCGCCUCCCAUUCUUUAAUGAUCUGUCGUAAUCAGAGUACUGCAUGGGUUGCUUUGCUAUUAUCUGCUGUGUCGGCCAUAGACUUGGGUUUAAUUGAAUUGAGCACACAUCCAAAUAUGGUUGUUUUGGUGCAGUAGUCGUGACAUAUAUAUACAUCGCACUUGGUUCACUUGAGAAGCUGGUUUAAUUAAUCUCAGGUGGCCGAAGCCUAGAUUCAUUUCUGUAUCUCAACAGUGUUUGGGUCAUCUGCUGGGACCUGGUCGGUAUGAGUGCUCUGAUUCGCCAGGCCGCCUCUGUCAAUGUGCUCUCGUCUGUUUUAAUUGGGGAGAGAAGCAUGCUGCCCCUUCGAGUUGUCCAUGAUGAGCAGCAUGUAGCAUAGCUGUAAAGGAGUUGCUUCGUCUUGCAGCAAGAGCGCGUCCGCACAUCAGCGCUGGAAAUGUGCUACUGUGCAGCCUGGAUGGCAGGGGGUCUUAAUUCAAGCUGGUACCUGGGUGAGUAGGGGAUGUCGAGCAUUGGCAGAUGAAAACAGGACCGAGGGAGGCUCAUUGAGCAGGAGUUGAGAGCCUGUGUCUGCGGUUUGCCCGAGUUCACCCCGUGUUCAACAGUGAGACUACGGCACCGUCUUCAGCAGCCUAAGACAACCACGAUGCUACAGGAACACUUGUCAGCACGGUAACUCCCAACCGUGUCGUUAUUACGUUGGAAAACAAUUUGCAGAGGGUGGCAACACCGACCCAAUUCUGCAAUGUUGAUAUUUCCUCUUCGGUCACGCGAAGUGCUUCAGAAGAACGACCGAUCACGACACGUGGUACCAGUGCGUCGCGGCCCAUUUGCAGAGGCUGAACUCUUCCACCAGGUUGUGCCGCUUGGGCGAGCGUCACCAAGCGUCGUGCGACGCAGCUGUCCAACACGAGUAACAACUCCCCCUCCCCUCCCUCCCCACAUUUGCUUGUUUCAUCAGCUCAGACUUGAGCAGAAUGAGAGCCCAAUGAGCAAAGUUUACCAACAAACAACAACACCAAAUCUACAAAUGUCUUUCUCUUUCAAGCCAAAUGCAGUUCACUCUCUGGGAUGGAGAUGGCAAGGUAUGAUGGGGUAUUUGGCAAAGGCACUGCUCUUUCUCAUGCAAAUUGCACCAACGCCGUUGUUUUCUUCAAGGGAACGAAUUCAUUGAAAUGUCACCGUCUAUGUUGCUUUGUGCCACGUUGGAGGGGGUUCUUUGCCAGGCGUGCCAGGGCACCUUGGUGGCCAGGCUGUCGGUGCAUUCUCAUUUGCUUGUCAAUUGUCAAAAGCACCACCGUCUGGCUGUCAAGUAGCCGCUAAAGACCCUGCAACGAUAUUCCUAGAAUGACGAAAUUCAUGAUAAUAGGCCGAUGGGCACAAUAACCAUUUAACGGGUUCAGGAAACAGUUCUGUAUAAGCAGUGAAGCAUGCACGGCUUGUGUGUACUUGCAUAUACUGGGCGCAGUCACAUGCGAUGUAAACAUUGUUUUUGCCCACCAAGGAAUUGGCCAAACAUCCCAAAGAGGAACCCGAGAAAUAAUCUUGAGACUGAUGGGGAAUAAAGGACACUCAUUCUACGAAUCUCACAACUCGCCAUGAUGACUUGAGUUAAUGAAAUGUAAAUAAAUGUAAUGUAUAGACUAACAAUAACAAAGUCGCUGUUGAAACCUUUAAGAUGUAUUUAAAUCAAAUGUUUUUGGAGGGACUGUUAUGAUUGUGUCCAUUGUUCGCUUCUGAAGCAUUUAUACGUUUGCCAAUCCAUUUAGUCUGAAAUUCACUCAAGAUUGUGGAGACAAACGCAGAGCAGAUGCAGUCUCAUUCAGUGUUACCAAGGCACCAAACUUAUAAACUAAAUUUGACCUCUUCUACUUUGAGACUCGACAGGAAAUUUGAACAGGUCGUGCCCCAGAUUAGAGAUGCAACUAAAUAUUUAAUCUUUUUGAGCAGUGGCGGUUUUCGUGUGGUAAAUGUAUACCAAGGGUCUCCAAUCAAAGCUCUCGCCUCAUUUUAAAUUGGGCAAACGGAAUGGCAUCAGACGCGCGAGUGUGUGGACAGCUGGAAGAGAGCGAUCCGAAGUCGGGCGGUUAAGCUCGCUUCGUCUGCAUUGCGUUUCGAUUCAACCUUCGGCUCGGCCCAUUCUCUCCAGGUUCCUGGUUCUGCUGUGCAAUGGUACAUUGAUUUUGAGUUGCUAUUUUAUUCCCCUUGUUUCUUGGUGACGAUUGUGAAGUGUCGGCAGCCUUCCUCUCUCCCCAUGGCAAAAUCAGAAGUACUGUUUUGCUUUGUAUGUGUUUUUUUUUAUCGAUUAAAUUCCAAGCACUAGGCAUGGAGUGAAGAACGUCUUUCCCUCUUAUUGAGAUUCCUAAAACAGCAGAGGCACAGCAUCGUCUAAUCGAGCGAUCCACAAGUAAUAUCGCAGGCCUCUGCCUGACGUCACGAGCGCUGGUUUGCAUGCUCCAGGGCGCCGCAGUGGCGAGAUGUUAACUACCUCGCCUGGUAUGCAGGUCGUGGGUUCAAUUCCGACCCCUAACGCCUGCUGUAUAUUUGGGGUUUGCGUGUUCUCUCUCCGUGGUGGCGUGGAUUUUCUUAGGGUCCAAUUUUUUCAUCCACAUAACAUGCUUUGAGAGUAUUUGGCUGCUAUAAAUUUCCACAUGAUAAGCCACUUCGUUGAGCUAUCAUUUGUGGCCAGGUCGAUUCUGAAAAAUAGCUACGUAGCUCAGUGGGCCUUACCUGGUAAAAUAAGAAAAACAUUAGUUUAGCUGCUUUAGAGUCACGUUCCCUAUGCCCACCUGCUAUAAAUAGACCCACGCAUAUUGACAAGACUGAUUUACAAAACCCAAGUAAAAAAAUUAAGUUUCAGGCCGACGUGAAAUAAUCACACUGAAGCAUUCAAAUCUGCUGUCAUCUUUAGCCGCUGCCUGCAUUCGAGUGUCCAGGGUCGGAGCGCUACCAAGCUCGAUGCCUCCGACACGAGCAUGAGGGAGCGCGCGUGAGGGAGCGAACGACCGUGGGCGAGCGAACGAGCGUGGGCGGGCGAGGACGAGCGUGGGCGGGCGAGGGCGAGCGUGAGGGAGUGAGGGCGAGCGAGCGAGGGCGCGAACCCAGCGAACUCCCUGGCACCUCGAUUGUGUUUUGGGCACCGCAUUGGGAACCGGGGCCGCCUGUAAUGAAUGUUGAGGAGCGCGGCUCUUUUUAUGUCUCCUGUGUUAUAAUUGGUUGGGGGUAUAGGAGGACCGGAUAAGGCACUCUUGUUAUGAACCCCACAGCUCUUUGUGCCUGCACAUGUAGCCUAAUGAACUGUGAUCUCCGGAUAAAUGUAUUUUCUUGUCUGACGGCAAACCCCAAAGGCAAUAUGGCUUCAUGACUAGUCCUUCCCAGAGCAGCGAGCUGCAUUCUCCCUGACCCAUCUAUAUACGUACAGAGUAAAUACCCCUGUAAAAGCGAAAGGUAUUGCUCUUCAUCUUGGUGCCAGAGCAAGCCAUUGUUUUUAGGGCGGUGUUAAUUGAAUACUGCUUUUACCCUGGUUUUGCAAGGUAGUACUAAACUCAAAAAGAACAGGACUAACAUAAUCAUGAAUUUAUAAUUUUCCCCUGCUCCCACAAAAAAUAUAUCGAUCCCUUUCAAGGAAUAUUACUUAACAUUCUGAAUUGUUGGCACUUUUGGUAAACCAUUAUCUCACGUGCGAAAGUGAAAAUAUCGCUUCGUCUGUUCUGAGUCCCAGAGCAAAGGACUCGGCUCUUGUAAUAAUGCUGGUGCAUUAAUUUUCUUUAUUUUUAAAUGUGUUCUGAGACGGGGGUGGGUUUUUAGCGACGAAGUGGUUAGGCAUAUCAGAGUUGCGGGCAAUACGGUCAGCUGCAUUAGAAACACUCGGAAGUUUGCGGUUAAAGAAGAUUCCGUUGAUUUUGUGAAGGUAAAAUGACGUAGCUUUGCUCGUACAGCAGUGCUGUUUUAAGGCAAAGUUUACGCAGCAAAAUCGUCUCUUCGUGUUUCUGAUGGAUCUGGUGGGUUUCAAAUCAUUUGGUUAAAUUUGGUGUUGACUUCAACUAUUUGUUUUUUGGGUGUUUAAGGUUGGCGUUUUUUUACAUUAGUGUUUAUUUUUUUUAGACAAUUGUACGAUCUGCACACUUUCCCGUAAUUUCUGAGCGACCUUAGGCCAGCAUCCCCGAUGUACCAAGCUGUCAAUGCAUGGGUGGGAUCGUGCCACUACCACCGCUACCAUGCCACUGAGCAGCUGAUUGCUUUCCACAAGGACAGAAAGCGCAGCGUGGGACUAAGUUGUCAAGUUGGGCCCGGAUCAUGCAAAACAUUUUACAUAAGGUUCAUACAGCCCAUUACGCCGCCUUAAGAUGGAUUGUUUUUAUCGCAGAAUUUUGAAAGAUAAAAUUAGGUGCUAUCUUAAAACACGUGAAUUGUUGAAAAAGGUUUUUCUGAAUUCGCUUCAUUUCAUGUGGCUUGGGUAGAACAGCCCAUUGUGGGCACUUGAGUUACUUUAAGCAACUCCGCAGCGGAUUUAGAGAAGACGCUGUCCAAAUUCGUGCUAAGUUGUAACUGGCCAUUAGCUUCCCAUUGGCUCCCAUAGGAAUCCACAGCUAUCGGGGUUUGCUCUCAACAGCUGGGAUAGCGAUGCUGCGGUGAUCAGAGGAAAUAUGUAGAGUGCUCUAAACAGCAACAGUGAAAAGUAAACCCAACAAUGAAAAGUGGCCUGCUUCUUAAACACCAGAUGGUGGAUCGAGGGCUUGGUCGGCUCAGGGGUAGACCUCGUGCCACGGUUGCUUGGCCGAUUUGGUUUUGGCUAAGGGGGUGGGGGGGGGGGGGUAACACCAGAAGCAGCUGAACAGCAGCUAUGGUGGGGGGCAAGGGGUCAUGUCAGGCUGGAAUUUACGCUUCGGGCUGCCUGCCUCUAGUUUACUCUGCUGGCCGGUGAUUAAUAAUACUGUACUCUUUCAGUAGAACGGGGCUUGUUUAUUCAAUGUAUGAGGGCGACGGGGGCAUUGCCUGGGCCCAGAAGUGUCGGGGGGGUUCAGCAGGGCUUGUUUGAUCGCCGAGUGUAUCCGUUGUCCCCAAACAUGCGUGCCCCGCUUGCAUUGUCGAUGACAGGCAUUUUCACUUUUAGUUCUCUCCUCACCGCCGGUGGUCGCAAGUCGCUGCAUCCUCCAUGGCCAAGUCCGCGCUGUGCAUGUGCGUUGUACAGUUCCUGUCUAGAAAAAAGACUUCACCUGAAAGCGUGCGUGAGCAAUGCUGGCUCGUCGCCUCUGCGACUCUCCGACACGCGUGUCUGCAGCGAACACGUGGGCGUCGUUCCCUGUUGGGUGGCAUUUGCGCGUUUUGCGGUGCCUGGAUUUUGCGGGUCUGCUGUGUACGAUACGAUAUUGUUGGAGCAUAUUUUAUUUUGAAUUGCAUCAAAUUCAAUAAAGAAAAAAAAAACGAUA